CACACAAAACUGAUCAAACAAACUAGCCGUUGGCUGCAGAACAAUUGAAGAGAAGAAAUAAAAUCGAUUUCGCAACAUCUAAAUUUACUGCGCCCACCUUAGUCUACCUCCAUUACUUCUCAGAGCACCUUCUCCCUCCCCCUCUCUCCAUGUUGAGCAAAAGAUCCACCGAUCGCCUGACGAGGAAGAAGGCCCAUCUGCUUCGGCGUAACCACUUGCUCCUCCUGUUCAUCCAAGUCGCAACCUUUCUACUCAUCAUCCCCUUGUCCAACCCAUCUUGGGAUGGAGUUAUCAUCUCCCAGGAAGACUACGAAGGUCUGCAGGCCUUCAAGCACUCCAUUGACGAUCUCCGAGGCUUCCUGCGAAGCUGGAACGGCACUGGUCUCGGAGCCUGCUCUGGCGCAUGGGUCGGGAUCAAGUGUGUACGCGGCAAGGUGAUUGCUAUCCAACUCCCAUGGCGAGACUUCGAGGGCCAUAUUACAGAGAAGAUUGGACAACUCAACGCCCUGCGCAAGCUUAGCCUCCAUGACAACGCCAUCAGCGGCCAAAUCCCUUCUGCGCUAGGUUUCCUUCGUGAACUCAGGGGAGUUUAUCUCUUCAACAACAGGUUAUCUGGCACCAUUCCGCCGUCCAUUGGCAGUUGCAUUGCGCUUCAAACGAUCGACAUCAGCAACAAUUUGUUAUCCGGUAUCAUCCCUUCUUCGUUAUCCAAUGCUUCCAGGCUUUACAGGCUUAAUCUUAGCUUUAACAACUUGACUGGUUCGAUUCCUGAUGGCGUUGCAAGUUUGCCAUCUCUGACAUACCUUACUCUCCAGAACAAUAAUCUCUCUGGUAACAUUCCCGAAACUUGGGGAACAUAUCAGCUUAAAACCCUUAAUCUGGAUCAUAACUCAAUUUCCGGUAACAUUCCGAAGUCUCUGGGUGGAUUGGCGUUGCUGCGUGAUGCCAUUUUGAGUAAUAAUCGGUUGAAUGGAAGUUUUCCGUUGUCCAUGUGCAACCUCUCCUCCUUAGUCCAGCUCAACCUUGAGAACAACCAAAUUGGUAACAGGCUUCCAGCCGCCAUUGAUGGGCUUAAGAACCUAUCACUUCUUUCUUUGAAGAUGAAUCGAUUUGAUGGUGAGAUCCCAGAAACGUUAGGUAACAUUUCUAGUCUUUCCCAACUGGAUUUAUCUGAUAACAAUCUCACUGGGAGGAUUCCUUCUUCUCUCGAACAUCUGGUGAAUCUUACCUUCUUUAAUGUCUCUUAUAACAAUCUUUCCGGCCAAGUUCCUCUUUUUCUGUCUAGGAAGUUCAAUUCAAGCUCUUUCUUAGGAAACAUCCAGCUCUGCGGGUACAGUAACUCAGUCCCCUGCACACCUCCGCCUUCUCCAAGUUUCCCACCACCAUCUGUUCCCCCAAAACACAACCACACUAAACUAAACACCUUGGAUAUCAUCCUCAUUGUUGUAGGAAUCACCCUCGUGCUACUUGUAGUCCUCUGCUUUAUCCUUCUCUGCUGUUUGAUUAGAAAAAGAUCAGCGUCCACUUCGAAGCCCGGCACAGCUGGACCCAGCAGCGAAAGAGGCGAGAAACCUGGGCCAGGCGCUGCGACCGAAACGGAAUCCGGCGGCGAUAUCGGAGGGAAGUUAGUCCACUUCGAUGGUCCGCUGGUAUUUACUGCCGACGAUCUCUUGUGUGCAACGGCGGAAAUAAUGGGCAAAAGCACGUACGGGACGAUGUACAAGGCAACGCUAGAGGAUGGGAGCCAUGUUGCAGUAAAGAGACUGCGUGAGAGGAUUGCAAAGAACCAGAAAGAGUUCGAAACAGACGUAAAUGUUCUGGGAAAGAUCCGGCAUUCUAAUUUGCUAGCUCUCAGAGCUUACUACGUUGGCCCCAAAGGAGAAAAGCUCCUGGUGUUCGAUUUUAUGUCCAAGCGAAAUCUUUCAUCUUUUCUCCACGCUCGCGGACCAGAGACCACCAUAGAUUGGCCGAUUAGAAUGAGGAUUGCGAUGGGCGUCGCUCGUGGCUUGUGGCACCUUCACUCCAAAGAGAACAUCGUCCAUGGAAAUCUCACUGGCGGCAACAUUCUUCUAGAUGAUAAUACAACUGCAAAAAUUGCAGAUUUUGGGCUCUCCCGUCUCAUGACAGCGGCCGCGAACUCCAACGUUAUAGCCGCCGCGGGAGCUCUGGGAUACCGGGCGCCGGAGUUGUCGAAGCUGAAGAAAGCGAGCACGAAGACGGAUGUGUAUAGCCUCGGCGUUGUCAUUCUGGAGCUUCUAACGGGAAAGUCGCCCGGCGAGCCGAUCAAUUGCAUGGAGCUGCCACAGUGGGUGGCGUCGGUGGUGAAGGAGGAGUGGACGAACGAAGUGUUUGAUGUGGAGAUCAUGAAGGAUGCGGCGGCUGGGGAUGAGUUGCUGAACACUUUGAAGCUGGCUUUGCUUUGUGUUGAUCCGUCGCCGGCUGCGAGGCCGGAGGUUCAGGAGAUAAUGCCGGAGCUGAGGGAAACAGAUGAAGGUGGUUUUGGGGGAGACGAAGGAGGAGGAGCAUCGACGUCUGGGGGUAAAUGAGGGAAAUACGCAUAGCUGCGUGUACGUGUACACAAGCUGCGUACAUCCUGGGGUUAU